CGCAGCAUUUGGAGUCGCAAUCAAACGCGUCCCAUAUGCGAUGAUUUUGCCGAGCAACCGAACAUAAUGGACUCACAACUGGAAUUGGCGAUUAAUGGAGAAUCGUGUGGUUAUCACACAUGCAGCAGUGCCGCCUCCACAAACAGCUCCAAGCAGCAACAACUCUAUCGCACUCAGGACAUGGAGCUGGCAGAUGAAACACACACACUUGCAACGGCUGUGGGCAAUUUGGAAUGGGAAAUGUUUAUGAUGCAACACGCGCAACGCCUGAUGCCAAAAACAUCGUCACCAAUUUCUCAGCGUCGUGAUCUCAGAGCUGAUUUAAAUUCGAAAUCUUAUCAUAAAUGGCGCAACUAUUUGCAGAGCACACCGGCACACAUGUUGCACAAUGUCAGCCAUAUACCGGAGGCCAUAGCCGGACACUUUUGUCCCACGGAUUUUCCGGCUUUCAGUGAUCUGGAGGAAAUGGAAAGUGCGGCCAAGCGUUAUAAAGUCGAUACAGAGGCGACAAAAAGUCUGCCACAUUUACAAAUUCAAAACACAAUAAGCACAGAUCUUUAA